CGUCUGUUGUUGUUUGACGCGGACCCCAACUGUCGACGGUUGCAACGGCCGCCGAGCGACGGUUGCCAGUUGUGUCCAGCAGUCGGCGCUGCUGUUUCACGUCUGUGAAGACAUUAAGGUUAUCAUUUGAAAGGCUGACAUCGCAAUAGGCCCACGUGGCUGUAAGGAAUGGACGACACCAGCAUCUGCAGCAGCUGCAGUCGCUGCAGAUCUGUGAACGAUGUGAGCUUCGGGAGCAGCAGCAACAGCAGCAGCGGCAGCAGCUUCAUGGGCAGCAUUUGCUGCCACGCGUGCUGCAGUGCUAGAGAGAGGCAGCAGCAGCAGGACCAGCUGAGAGAGCAGUGUUUCAUGGAGCAGCAUGUCAUGCACCAGCUGCAUCAGCUGCACCAGCUGCAUCAGCUGCACCAGCUGCAUCAGCUGCAUCAUGAGCAGCUGCUGCCGCAUGAUCAGGAACAGGAGCAGCUUGAGGAACAAAAGCAGCUGGAGGAACAGAAGCAGCUGGAGGAACAGAAGCAGCUCAAAGAACAGAAGCAGCCGAUGGAAGAGAAGAAUCGGCUCAAAGAACAGAAACAGGUUGAGAAACGGGAUCAGCUGAAGGAACAGAACCAGCUUGAGGAACAGAAACAGCUUGAGGAACAGAACCAGCUGGAAGAACAGAAGCAACUUGAGAAACAGAUGCAGCUCAAGGAAGAGAAGAAUCAGCUCAAAGAACAGAAGCGGCUUGAGGAACACAAGGAGCUUGAGAAGCAGAAGCAGCUUGAGAAACAGGAGCAGCUAGAGGAACAGCGGCAGUUUGAGGAACAGAGGCAGCUGGAGGAACAGAGGCAGCUGGAGGAACAGAAGCAGCUGGAGGAACAGAAGCAGUUUGAGGAACAGAGGCAGCUGGAUGAACAGAAGCAGCUGGAGGAACAGAAGCAGCUGGAGGAACAGCGGCAGUUUGAGGAACAGAGGCAGCUGGAUGAACAGAAGCAGCUGGAGGAACAGAAGCAGCUGGAGGAACAGAAGCAGCUGGAGGAACAGCGGCAGUUUGAGGAACAGAAGCCGCUUGAUAAACAGAAGCAGCUCAAGGAAGAGACGAAUCAGCUAAAAACACAGAAGCAGCUUGACAAGCAGAAUCAGCUGGAGGAACAGAAGAUGAUCAAGGAAAAGAAGAAGCAGCUCAAGGAACAGAAGCAGCUCGAGGAACGGAAGUAUCUUGAGGAACAGAAGCAGCUCAAGGAAGAGAAGAAUCAGCUCAAAAAACAGAAGCAGCUUGACAAGCAGAAUCAGCUGGAGGAACAGAAGAUGCUCAAGGAAAAGAAGAAGCAGCUCAAGGAACAGAAGCAGCUUGAAGAACGGAAGCAUCUUGAGGAACAGAAGCAGCAACUCAAGGAACAAAAGAAGCAGCUGAAGGAGCUUAAGCAGCUGGAGAAACAGAAGCAGCUGGAAGAACAAAAGCAGUUGGAAGAACAAAAGCAGCUUGAGGAACGGAUGCAGCAACUCAAGGAACAAAAUAAGCGACUGAAGGAGCUUAUGCAGCUGGAUAAACAGAAGCAGCUUGAGAAACAGAAGCAGCUGGAAGAACAAAAGCAGCUGGAAGAACAAAAGCAGCAGUUCAAGUAGGAAAAGAAACAGCUCAAGGAACGGAAGCAGCUCGAGAAACAAGCAGCAACUGGAACAGGUGCUCAAGGAAGAGAACCAACAACUUGAGGAACAAGAUCAGCUGGAAGAACAGCAGCAGCUUAAGAAUCAGCUUGAGGUA